AUGCUUGGAAGUUUGCCAGAGGAUGACGACCUCCAUGAUGAAUCGGACGAGUUGCCUGACGAAUUGGAUGACAUGACGGACGAAUCGGAUGACAUGACGGACGAAUCGGAUGACAUGACGGACGAAUCGGAUGACAUGACGGACGAAUCGGAUGACAUUUCUACUCCUGACUUUCUAGCGGAGGACCCGCAGACAAACACAUUAACUGCGGACUCUGAUGCAGAUGAUCGCUGGUAUGACCUUGACGAGUUUGGGACUGACUUCUUCAUAUUUCGCAUCAAGCUUUGGCGAGCUCUUGGCUUCGGUGAAAGCAAUCUGAAUCAUGAAGGGUUCGCACACAUGUGGCAGACUGAUAUGGAGAUUGAGAUUGUUGGCUGGCCAGUGAUGCCCUUGGAAGCAUUUAGUGACCCAGAGCCUUACUCUACACAUAGCUAG